AUGUUGUUUCUUCUCCUGCUCAGCAUCUUUCAUGCCCUCUCUUCUCACGCCCAAGAGACGACGGUGAUCCCACCACUUGUUCAACUGGGCGACUCUAUUGUGGAAUUCACGUCUAGCGGGUCGAGCUUGGACGGCCCCAAGCUUUCCGAGGUCAACGCCACCACCUUUGAUUGGUGGUACUUUGACGUUGUCUCGGAAGAUCUGCAGACGGAGGCCACCAUUCUCUUGGUAACCGGUGACAGUCUGACUCUUGGCUUUCCUUUCACCCUGGGCACGUCGAACUAUGGCAUUCUCACCGUGCUCCAAGAGGACGGGAAUAUUUAUCAGGAGAUCUUCCCGGCCGGCGACGCAACCGUGACUGUCAACGGGGAUGGAUCAUCGGCCAACUGGGAAGGAAGCGGUGUGUCGUGGACUGGAGCGGCCGACCUCUCGUCAUACAAAGUCAACAUCGAUGUCCCGUUGCUUGGUGUCAGUGGGACCAUCUCACUCCAAUCGGUUGCGCCAGCACACUUUCCUUGCGGCCCUAACGAGGCUGGACAAACAGAAGAGCUGUUCCCUAAUAUCGGAUGGGCCAACGCCAUUCCUGAUGCCGUAGGGACCGUCGACCUUGACCUCGCAGGUACAAAAAUGUCUUUUAAUGGCCCAGGCUAUCAUGACAAGAAUUGGGGUGCAAGGCGUCUUCCAUCCACGGUUACGAGCUGGUACUGGGGCCACGGCCACGUCGGUCCAUACUCUCUUGUCUGGUUCGACGCCAUCGCCAUCGACGGUCAGGAAUACUUCAGCGGCUACCUGAGCAAAGAUGGUACCAUAGUCUCAGCGGGAUGUAGCGGUAUCACGGUUCGCCCGACGGGAGACAACUCGGAAUAUCCUCCUGCUCCGCUCCAAGGAGAUCCAAGUGGAUUCCACAUCGAAUACGCUACCGACGAUGGAAACUUUGUGGUUGAUGUGGAAAACUAUGCAGUUGCGUGGAAGCCACCUUUGAUCUCUGGUGGGUAUACUCGCUGGAGCGGAAACAUCACAGGAGGCUUCGAAGGUCAAGAGACGUAUACGGGAGCAACAGUGCAUGAGUGGAUUCGCUUCUACAUCAACGUUUGA